AUGAAAUCGUCAAAUAAGAGACAGCAACAGCCAACAUCAUAUUCAGCGAUAGCCACCGCAUUGGUUAAAGCAACACCCAUCAAUCCAAGUGAUGAUGUUUUCUUUCGUAUGAAAACUGGUGCAUUACUAUUCAAAUGUAAACCAGAUGGUACAAAGUAUCCGAGACAAUUUUAUUUAUACAACAGUGAAGAUAUGUUGUCAUAUCAUGAGUCGGGAAAAUUAUUCGGAAAACCAAACGUUUAUUUGAUAAAAGAAAUUGAUGAAAUUCGUUGUGGUUAUCAUUCGAACACAUUCAAACGUUUGCUCAGCAAACGACGAGUCAACGAUUCUGACGAGAUGUUUGCAUUUACGAUUAUGUACGAUAAUCAUCAGCAUGCGCUUGAUUUGAUGGCACGCGAUCAAAUUACCCGAGAUACAUGGAUCAACGGUUUGCAGUUACUUAUGGAGCGUUACUCACGAAGCGGAGUAGCAAAGUUUAUUAACACAGACAACUGGAUUUUGAAUCAAUUUCGUAUAGCUGAUAAAGACGAUUCUGGCUCAUUAACAAAACAGGAAUGUCAAUCCUUAUUGACAGAUGUACUAAAUACAAAAAUGCCGAACAGAUUGUUCCAAUUGAUGUUCAAAGAAGCUGAUAUAAGCAAAGAAGGACUAUUAAAUCCUGAAGAAUUUCUUCAAUUUUUCAAAUCAUUAACAAGACGACAAGAUUUGUACAAAAUAAUGCAACAACACGUGAAAGAUGGUGAUUCAAUGUCACUUGACUCGAUAAAGAUGAAUGCUCAAGAACUAUCACAUUUUCUCAUUCAUACUCAAGGCGAAUCUGAUAUGGCUAGUGAUCGUGCAUUAAAAUUAAUUGAGCAAUCAGAAAUGGAUGAAAAAUUGAGAGCUCAGGGAUUAUUAAGUGUUGAUGGUAAGAGAAUCAAUAAUUCAAUAAUUGUUGUUUUCUAGAUGUAUGACGUCUCAUUGUGGUAUAAGAGUCGUUCAUCUAAAUAGCAAUUUUUGCAUCUUUGCGAUAAGCUCUUGCUGCUUCAUAAGAAUGAAUAAAAAACUAUAAACAAGUCAAAAUCAAUGCAAAUUACUUUAUGAUUUUAGAAAAUACUUUAUUUUUUUUCUUAUGUAACCUGACACUGUGUUGGAGAUUAUUAGGUAAUCUCCGAUUACUUCCAAAAAUUUUCUAGAAAAUAUUUUCAGAAAAAGCACUUCUAUACUAUUCGGACCAACAUGAAAAAGUGAACAAAACCUGAUACCCUUUCGAUUCUCAAAAAUAGUUUUAAUUAACAAAAAAAAUCAAAGAAUGUAGAAGAGUUUGAAAAAAAUUAGUAACAAGUUUUUUCGGUAAAACGUUUGUUUUAAUGUUAAAGUUAACGAAGUAAACAAACAUUUUUCCUUUUAGAAAAACAUUUAAAAAACUAGUGGACACCAAGUUUUACGAAAAUUAGGAUUUCCACAUUCGUUUCACAAAAUAUUAAAAAAUUUACCAUUGGAUCAGAAAAUCGAAGAACGAGUUAAAAACAUCACGAUGUACAGUACUUAGGCUAUUUAUAUUUAAUUUAUAAGAAAUCUACAAAAAAGAAUUUACAAAAUUCUAUGGUUUUUGCAAAAGUUUCCCAAAACUAUGCAUAUCCGGGCGUUUCUAACUCGUUCUUCGGUUUUCUGGGUGAAUGGUGAAUUUUUCAAUAUGAUGGGAAAAGAGCGUAGAAACCCUAAUUUUCGUAAAACUUAGUGUUCACGAGUUUUUUAAAUAUAUUUUUCUAAAAGCAAAAAAAUAUUUGCUUAUGUAAUCAUGCCUUCAAGUGUCGUCUUUCAAAUACUGAAAAUCGGAGAUCUCUAGACACUUUCUGUCACAAGUUAUUGAAAAAGUAGCAAAGUCUAUUCUUUUUGGACAAACAGUAAUACAAUUAUGGUACGGGGACUGACGGAUUGUUGUACGAUUAAAAAGUACAAUCAUUGGCGAAUGCAUAUAUGUUAGGUAAAAUGAAAUUGAUUGAGUGCAUCUAAAUAAAAUGCAUUAAAUUAAAUAAAGUUUUUAAUUAGAAAAUUUGUGGCGUUUUUGGUUUUCUCUGGAAUGCUGUAGUUUUCAAAAUAAAUGCAUUUUACACUUCACACCCAAGAGCGUAAAAACGGGUAGAAAGACGAGGUCCGAAAACUAGAAAAACGGUCCGUAAUAUUUCUCAUUGGACGGAUCCGCCUCCCAUUUGCCACGGGGUGACGGGAUCUGAACGGUUCAAAAAUACGGGUAUCCCGUAUAACUGCACGUUCUGCAUCGAAGAAAUACGGGGUCAUGAAAAAUGAUUUCUUAUACCUUCAAAGCGUCGUGUGGUUACCUGUUCUACUCUUAGACGCCCUGACAUGUAAAAUUAACUUUUGUGUAUGUUCCACCACAUUUUCUGCUCGAAAAACACGUACACCAUUUUUGUGGUAGAAACGCGUUAAAUUUUUAAAUUUGAAAAAAUUUAAAAAUUAAAUUCAAAAUCGAGUUGACGUAUACAGAGAGUCUCCAUGCUCUCACACGGCCAUCCACGACUGUCUUAAAGUCAAGGUUCACAAGAUAAGGAAGAAAGAAACUAAAACAAAUUACUCUGCUGUGACGAUGAAUCGAACGUGAGUACCUAGAAUUAAGAAGCAAGCAUAGGACAGGUAUGCUCGAAAGAUGACCCGUAUCAUUUGUAAUUGUUUCGAGCAUCGGUAGCUUAUUGAAUUCCCAAGCAAAAAAAUGCCUUUGAGAUUAUCUAGCUAUAAAAAUAUGUUAUCGGGCAAUAUCGGCUUGUGAUAGCUAGCUAUCCGUACCACUUUUAUUGAGUUAGCUAGCUAUAUCGAGUAUGAUAGC